CACCCCACCCUUCUGCGCAGCGAUUGGUGGGUUGGCGACCCCACUCGGAGGUGGAGGCGGGGCGCCCCAUCUCCUCCAGUGGAAGCGAGGCAGGGGUGGCCCCAGUGGCGGGAAGGAGCAUGGCGUGGCGACAUCUGAAAAAGCGGGCCCAGGACGCUUUGGUCAUCCUAGGGGGUGGAGGAUUUGUCUUCGCUUCCUACCUGACAGCCACGGGGGAUGAGCAUUUCUACACCCAACACUUGAUGCCAGCUCUGCAGAGGCUGCUGGACCCAGAGUCAGCCCACAGGCUGGCCGUUCAGUGCACCUCCCUGGGACUCCUUCCUCGAACCUCAUUUCAGGACUCUGACAUGCUGGAAGUGAGAGUUCUGGGCCAUAAAUUCCGAAAUCCAGUAGGAAUUGCGGCAGGAUUUGACAAACACGGGGAAGCUGUGGAUGGACUUUAUAAGAUGGGCUUUGGAUUUGUUGAGAUUGGAAGUGUGACUCCAAAACCUCAGGAAGGAAACCCCAGACCCAGAGUCUUCCGCCUCCCUGAGGACCAAGCCGUCAUUAACAGAUACGGAUUUAACAGCCAGGGGCUCUCAGCGGUGGAACACAGGUUACGGGCCAGACAGCAGAAGCAGGCCAAGCUCACGGAAGAUGGGCUGCCGCUGGGAAUCAACCUGGGGAAGAACAAGACUUCGGCGGAUGCGGCAGCGGACUACGCAGAGGGCGUCCGAGUGCUGGGCCCCCUGGCCGACUACCUGGUGGUGAACGUGUCCAGCCCCAACACGGCCGGGCUGCGGUGCCUUCAGGGAAAGGCCGAGCUUCGCUGCCUGCUGACCAAGGUGCUGCAGGAGAGGGAGGCCUUGCAGGGAGCACGAAAGCCGGCUGUGCUGGUGAAGAUUGCCCCUGACCUCACGGCUCAGGACAAGGAGGACAUUGCUAGCAUCGUGAGAGAGUUGGGCGUCGAUGGAUUGAUUGUCACGAACACCACAGUGAGCCGCCCCGCCAGCCUGCAGGGUACCCUGUGCUCUGAAGUGGGAGGGCUGAGCGGGAAGCCCCUCCGGGAUUUAUCAACGCAAACCAUCCGGGAGAUGUACGCGCUUACCCAAGGCAGAGUCCCCAUCAUUGGAGUGGGCGGGGUCGGCAGCGGGCAGGACGCGCUGGAGAAGAUCCGGGCAGGGGCCUCGCUGGUGCAGCUGUACACGGCGCUCACCUACCAGGGCCCGCCCGUGGUCGGCAGAGUCAAGCGGGAGCUGGAGGCCCUUCUGAAAGAGCAGGGUUUUCGCAGAGUCACAGAUGCCAUUGGAGCAGAUCAUCGGAGGUGAGGACACUGUCUGUUGGGAAGCCUGAUCUGGAACCUUCCCACAAACUCGGGCGAGCCUUUGUGGCUGGAUGGUGAGAGGACAGACUCUGUCCCCAGCCACGUGCCCUGAACCGUGGCCUGGCCUCACUGUAAAAGCCAAUCGUGGGGUCACCAGAAUCAACAGGAGGCUGCCUUCAGUCCCUCGGUCAGGCCAUAGACUGCGUCUGUGAUGCUUUCUAGGUUGAAAUCCUGGGAUCCUUCAGUACUGCGAGGACAUUGGAUACGUGGGGGGGAAAGUCAUGGAAAAAAUAAAGCCAUCUGGAACCCGGAUUUAAACCCCAGCCCUUUCUGGAGGGCGAGAGGCUCUCUCCAGAUGCGGCAGGUCCUCUCAGGCCUCUGCUCCCUGCGCCUUCAAUGGGCUUCCUGGGAACUUGAGUGUCUUUCAUUUGAUCUUUAUUUAUAUUUGUUUUAUGUUUUAAUUUUAAAAAUAUUUCAAGUACAGACAACAGUUGCAAGAUUAGUACAGUGAACUUUCACAUACCCUUCAUUUUGUAUCACCAAUUAACAUUUUUCACAUUUUCUUUCUCUCAUAUAUAAAGCAUAAAUUAUAUGUAGUUAAAAUCUGUAUUAUUUAUUAUUACUGAAGCAUUUGAGGCAAGUUGCAAUUGUCACGACCCGUUACCCUCAAGUGCUUCAGUGUGUAUCUCCUAAGCACACUGACGUUUUUAUGUUAUCACUGGCAUGUGUUCUCAUCAGUUCCAACAGCAUAGAACAGCAUAUAACUCUGGAAGUGAACGUUCCUGCUCUCCCCAAUCCCACUCUCCCCAGUGACUGCUGUUUGGUGUCCACUCUCCCAGACUUUUUCCCAUGCAUAAAAACACUCAUUUUGUACCCA